UGGUCACUCUAACUGUCAAAAUAAUGUCAAAAAUGACUCGUUGAACGACGAGGAACUCUUUUCGUUUUCCUUUUAUUUUUCUUUUCAUUUGUAAUUUUAAGUUCGUUUUACAUGAAUUUUUACAAAAAUGUUCAAGCAGAAAAACAAUACCUUGCCAAGCAGAAUCAAUCAAACCAGGAAUCACUGUGAAAUAUGUGAUGAAACUAUAAUAGGUGGGUCGCAUCACUUCAAGUCACAUUUAUUUAAACACGGCGUUAUUAAACCUCGGUUUCAGUGUAAGCACUGCCCUCGCCAGUACUUCAGAACUGAUACCUAUUUACGGCAUAUGAAAUCACAUAAAGGGAAUUACUGUAAAAUAUGUGAUAAAACUGUAAUGGGUAGUUCGUAUAAGUUUAACUCACAUUUGUUUAAACACGGUGUUAUUAAACCUCGUUUUGAGUGUAAAUACUGCCCUAGGCAGUUCUUCAGAUCUGAUACAUUUGAACGCCAUAUGAAAUCACACGAGGGGACCCAAAAAAAAUAUAUUUGCGAUUAUUGUGGCCGAAGUUUUGUUGAUAAAAGAAAUCUAAUUUACCACUUUAAAGUCCAUGAUGACUCGUUUCACGGCCGAGCAGAUAUUCAAUUUAAAUGUGACGCCUGCGGGGUAUUUUAUUGUGAGAACAGGCUCCUACAACAUCAUAUCAGACGUGAGCAUUUUAAUUUGCAAGUUAAAGAAAUACAGUACCAUAAAAAAAACUUAAACGAGACAUGGGUCGAAGCUGUAAGUGACACUAAGAACUAUGUGAAGAUGACUAAAGUGAAUAACAAUGUGAUCACUAUUAAAAAAUGUGUGAAAGUAGAGCAUUCACUUAACAAAGUUAAAACACAUGAUUUAACUCCAUUAUUGUAUUCGGGCCGGCAAUAUGCUAAAGGGAAAUGUGAUUAUUGCAAUAAAGAGAUGCUGAAGAAAAGCCUACGGCUGCAUAUACAAGAAAAACAUUUAAAUGUCCGUAAAUUUAAUUGUGAGACGUGCAAAAGGUCUUUUAAGCGCCAUUACCAGCUGGUGGACCAUGAAUGUGGAAAAAUUAGGAGGCGGAAGCAUAGAAACAAAGUCGCAGUGACAGGGCAUGAUUCAGGAAAUAAAGAGACACAAAAGUGAACUGUCUCCAUCUAAGCUAAGGAUCACAACAUACAGUUCAGUUCAAUCUCUUCUUCCUCGGUCCCUCAGUGCUGAGGAUCAUAACUUUGUAUGCUCGGUCUCAAUGUUGUGCGCUCAUAAGUCAUAUGGGACAUGCGCUGCAUGUUGCCAUCAACUACCCUCUUGACAACAUCAGACCAUCUUGUGGUUGCUCUUCCUUGCGCCUUCUAGGCCAUACUUUUUUUGUCAGUUCAAUGGUCUAUUUCAAAAUUGGCACCUCGUUCAGCUCCAUUUGGUGUAGUUAUAAACCAUGUGCUAGUAGACCAUGUUAAUGUAUGCUGCCAGAUCUUAGGUGACCUGUGCAGAUGCUGGCAAUUGGUUAGGACUACUACAAUCAGUGAUGGGGUGUGCUGGAUCAAGUCUGUCGCCAGCUGAUGGGGUUGGAGGGGGGUUGGGGGUAAUUGCUAUGACCAUUGCCAGGGCAUACAUUUAAUUACAAAUUUAACUCUCUAGGAAGGGAGU